AGCCAUGACAUAUUGUGAUGCUCAAAAGGAAAAGUAGACGCUAACUCUCGGUAGUCUUGGAAAAAUUGCAAAAAUUCAAUUGUAGUUCCACUGUGGGACAGCGUGGAAGUCUAAUUCAAGUUAGAAGUGUUCGGUGGUAGAAUUUGAUACGAAAGAGCAGUAAUAAACGGAUCACAAAAUGCAUCGUCGGGGUGGAAAAAGAAUUCGUAUGAACGAUCCUCCUGUAGAGUAUGAGGAACCGGAGCAGAUGUAUCACCAUGAGCCGCUCAAUGAAAGCUGGUCAUCGGGAGGCCACGAUGAGGGCGCACAUCCGGAAGAAUCGGGUGAACCGUCCCGUGGCAGAAUGACGCGACUACGUGCGCGGGGAGGAGUUCCACUCAAAGCACCCAUCAUCGAGGACGAUGAUGAUGAUGAUUUUUUCGCCAAGGAUGCUCCACAGAAAAAGAGGAAAGCUCCACGUAAACCGCGUGAAACGGCCCCGAAGGAACACCAUGAAAAACCGCCCCGUGUGUACCGUGAGCGUGAGGAGCGUGAGGAACGCGUCGUGGUAACGGAUCGUGAAAUAACGACCGACGAAACGAGUUUGUAUUACAUCUUGCGUAAUUCCAAGUUUCCCAUUACCACGAUUGUGGAUGACUGGAUUACGCGGUACAAGCUGGAGAAGAAUUUGGCCCUGAUUGCUUUGAUGAAUUUUUUCGUUCAUGCAAGCGGCUGCAAGGGCAAAAUUACGCACGAGAUGCAAAAGCACAUGGAACAUACGGCUAUCAUUCGUAAAAUGACGGAAGAGUUCGACGAAGACAGCCAUGAGUAUCCGCUGAUGAUGUCGGGACAGCAGUGGAAGAAGUUCAAGAUGAACUUUUGCGACUUUGUGCAGACGCUUGUUAAGCAGUGUCAGUAUUCCAUCAUCUACGAUCAGUUUCUGAUGGAUAAUGUAAUUUCGCUGCUGACUGGACUUUCCGAUUCGCAAGUGCGUGCGUUCCGCCACACGGCUACGUUGGCCGCCAUGAAGCUUAUGACUGCGCUGGUAGAUGUAGCGCUGCUGGUUUCCGUACAGUUCGAUAUGGCGGCCCGACAGUACGAAACGGAACGUACGAAGCCCCGUGAAAAGCGGGCAACCGAUCGUCUGGACUCGCUGAUUGCUCGUCGGACCGAAUUGGAGGAAAACAUGGAUGAGAUAAAGAACAUGCUGACGUACAUGUUCAAGUCCGUGUUUGUCCAUCGGUACCGCGACACGCUGCCCGAUAUCCGAGCCAUCUGUAUGUCCGAGAUUGGCAUUUGGAUGAUGAAGUUUUCGUCCAACUUUUUGGAUGAUUCAUAUCUGAAGUACAUCGGUUGGACACUGCACGAUAAGGUGGGUGAUGUGCGACUAAAGUGUCUCCAGGCUUUACUACCUUUGUACGAGAACGAGGAGCUUAAGGUGAAGCUUGAGCUAUUCACGUCGAAAUUCAAAGAUCGCAUUGUAGCAAUGACGCUGGACAAGGAGUACGAAGCAGCAGUACAUGCGGUAAAGCUGGUUAUCAACAUUCUCAAGAGUCAUCAAGAAAUUUUGACCGAUAAGGAUAGUGAAAUCGUGUACGAGUUGGUGUACUCUUCGCACCGUGGAGUCGCACAAGCGGCGGCCGAAUUUUUAAACGUACGUCUAUUCCGUCAGGAUGCCAAUGCACCGGCUAUGUACACAAGGCGGGGCAAGAUGCGCCUGCCUAAUACGCCCCUCAUUCGUGAUUUGGUUCAGUUCUUUAUUGAAUCGGAAUUGCACGAGCACGGAGCGUAUUUGGUUGAUUCUUUCAUCGAUAACAAUCCGAUGCUAAAAGAUUGGGAAUGCUACACGGAUCUGCUGCUAGAGGAACCGGGACAGUUUGAAGAAAUGCUGGACAACAAGCAAGAAUCUACGCUGAUCGAAAUUAUGGUCAGUGCUGUACGUCAAUCGGCAACGGGAGAACCACCGGUUGGACGUGGCAGCAGCCGUAAAAUGACGCUGAGCGCAAAGGAAAUCAAGCAGGUGCAGGAUGAUAAGCAACGCUUGACGGAACAUUUCAUUCAAACGUUGCCACUGCUGCUGCACAAGUACAGCGCCGAUGGAGAGAAGUUAACGAAUUUGCUGGCCAUUCCGCAGUACUUUGAUAUAGAGCUUUUUACCACCACCCGGCAGGAGUCGAAUUUGCAGGCCCUGCUUGAUAAAAUGACGCACGUCAUGUCGUCGCACGUUGAUCGUGAGGUGUUGGAGACGUGUGCAAAAACGCUUGAAUUUCUGUGCACGGAAGGCAGUGCUAUUUACACCCGUUGCGAUGUAGUGCGGUCGAACGUGAUCGAAGAAUGUGUCACUAAGUACAGGGAAGCGAUUGACGAUUAUCGUACACUGAUUGCGGGCGAUGAGAUACCGAAUGAAGAUGAAGUCUACAAUGUAAACAUUUCGCUGAAGAAGGUUUCGACGCUGUACGCGAGCCAUAAUCUCAAUCCGUGGAAUUUGUUCGAUUCGCUGUACCAAGACAUCGAGGAGCGAAUCGGCGGCAAGUCUCCGGAGACGGGUAUUCCGAAAGAUGCGCUCGUGUACUGCAUCGAGGCAUGCUUUUUCUCCAUCAACUGGGGCUUAAAUCAUCUGGAUACGACGAGAGAUCGAUCGCAGGUGCCGCAGGAAGCACACGAGCUGGGGAGAAAUCUACACAAAUAUCUGAACGCCUGUAACCAUCUCGUCCGCUAUGAUCGUGAAUCGUCCGUCCAGGAGGCAGCAUUUAUGUCGAUCUGCGAUCUGUUGGUUGUAUUUUCGGACCAGCUGCAAAGUAACGCGGACGAGAACAUACAAUCACUGGUUCAUUCGCCAAACGAGGAGCAACAGCAGCUGCUAAACCAAUUUGUACAGACGACGGUAUUUUCCACCGAGCAGGAGGAGGGUCAUGAUGAGACACGCAUCGAGGAGCUGCACAAACGUCGAAGCUUUCUCGCGGCCUACUGCAAACUGAUCGUGUACAAUAUUCUUCCCAUUAAGGCAGCGGCAGACAUUUUUAAACACUAUCUCCGGCACUACGAUGAGUAUGGUGAUAUCAUCAAAACAACGCUGGGAAAAACGCGCGAAAUCAACAAAGUUAACUGCUCAAUGACUAUGUGUUUGAGUCUGGUAACAAUAUUCAAGGAACUGCAGGAACUGUCGCCAGAUGGACGCGUUUUGCGAACGUCACAAGAAUUCCAAGACUUGAAGGAGUUAGCGAAACGGUUCGCCCUAUCGUUUGGGUUGGACGCAGUGAAGAACAGGGAAGCUAUUACCGUAUUCCACCGCGCGGGCAUUCAUUUUGCCGUAACGUCUUCCAACGAAGAGCAGGACGACCCGUCAGCGGCACCGCCAUGCAUCGCGUUUCUGGAAGUGUUAUCCGAGCUGACAAACAAAUUGAUCAAGCAGGACAAGAAACUGAUUUUGACCUUUUUAGACCGUCGUCUAAAAGCAGGUAUUCCUUCGAGUCGCUCUGAGGAUUGGCAACCGCUGGUAACCUAUCGCAAUUCGUUACUGCACGGAGAAACUGAUCAACUUCCUGUUACCUCCAAGCGUGCGUACACAAGAAAGAAGAAGGAUGCCGAACAUGAUGAUGAAGACGAACACGAAGAUGAUGAUGAGGAUUACGUCGGUUAGAAAAAUAGCAUGAUAAACAUAUUUAUUUAAUUUUCUUCACCAUUUCUAAUUAUUAAUUCGGUUAAUUC